UUCGGUAAAAGACAAUCAGGUUACCGCUUAUUGGAGAAGAGACGCGAUAUCAACUACCCCUUCGCGGGAGAGAGUGGGAAGAUAUGGAUGAUACGAAAAGGGAGAUAUUUGCUUUGGGUUGCGGCAUUUACGAGAUUAUGGCGUGGAAGGCCCCGUUCCCAGACUUGACGGAAGAAGAGGUUCUGGAAAGAUAUAAUAACGAACAGUUCCCCAAGACGGACCAGUUACUAUUGGGCGACGUUAUUCACACAUACUGGGACGAGAAAUACGAGACAGCAGCGGAUGUAGAGAGGGUUUUAAGAGAGAGACUUGUGGAUCUUCAUGUUAUAUCUCAUGGCAAAUGCGACAAGCCAACAUAGUAAGGAGAGGUAGCAAGAGCAGUAUUAACGUUAUC